CCACCCACACACACACCCAAAACCCUCCCCACGUCCCUCCGACCGCCGGCACGGAAGCGUCCCCCGUCCACCCGGAGAUCAUCAUCGAUUGGGUACAGGUGAUGCGAGACUCCCCGACGGCGGAGUUGGAGGCCGUCCGCUCCUCGUCGUCGCCCGUCACGCCGCAUCCCCCGACGACGGCGCGCGCCGACACCGACGACGGUUCCGCCGGCGGUGAUGACGGGGGCGCGGCAGAGUUCGCGAAACUCGCCGAUAAAGAUCUGCGGGAUAAGAUCAACCUCUGGAGCGGGAAGGCGCAGGGUCUACUCCGGACGAUGCCGGACGCUGGCGAGAAGAUGCGGAGAAGCGUGGACCGGAUGAAGAAGGAGCUUGAACGCCGGAGAGUCGCUAGGCAGAGGAAGGAUGACACACUUCAGAGACAGGCAAUGCAGGCUAUGUCUACAAGUGAUAGUGGGGAUGAUUGCUUUGCCUUCAAUCCCGCUGAUGAGAUCUCGGACAGUAUGGCUGGCAAAUACCUUAAGAAUUCAAGCUGUACUUCAUCUACAAAGACCUAUAUCCAGGUUAAGGGAGCACAAUUCUCUAAAGAAUCAAGUCCUUUAAGCCAAGGAAAACAUGCUUACCUAAAGAAAGAUGGUCGAAUAGCAAAAACUUCAGCUACUCGUCGACUGAAAACUCAUGCAUGUCAUCCAAAGAGUACUGAUCGUGAACAUAUAAAUUUGAACCACGACAAUAUUGACAGUAGAAAGAAAUUACAUUUAAGGAACUGUACCAGAAAUCGACAGAAAAAUAACACUAUUGAUUCAAAGGGCAUCUACAGCAAAUUACCUCUAGAAGAUGCCACUUUUGGUAGUGGCAGGAGGUGGGACCUUUCUAAAAAUAAGGCCUCAUCACCCUUUAAGUUAAAAAAGGACGUGGUUCUCUUGGAUGACGAUGAUGAUCCAGAGCCUGCUAGAUCAGUUGAUGUUGAGAUAUCUAAUAAAUGGGACGAGUCAAAGAUCUACUAUCCUUCAAGAACUGACCCAGAAGCUGUUGAGCUGACCCACUCUGACAUGAAAUGUCUUGAACCCGAAGAAUAUUUAAAAUCACCUGUUAUAAAUUUUUGCCUUCAGUACCUCAAGAAAUCAAGACCCCGGAGAGACUUCUACAUGUUUAACACAUAUUUCUAUAGCAAACUUGAAGAAGCACUAUCCACAAUGGGUGAUCGUGACUCACAAUUCAGCAAGUUACGAAGAUGGUGGAGAAGUGUAGAUAUUUUUAAGAAAGCAUACAUAAUUUUGCCAGUUAAUGCAAAGAUGCAUUGGAGCUUGAUCAUCGUUUGCAUGCCUGCAAAAGAGAUAGAGUCAGGGCCAAUAAUGCUUCACUUGGACUCUCUAGUAGGGCUUCAUUCCAGUCAAAAGCUUUUUGACACAGUUGUGAGCUACCUUGAAGCAGAAUGGCGCCAUCGACAGAAGGAUUCUUCUUAUGAUAUUCCAUUUUCAGGGAGGAUAUGGAGCCGUCUUCCGAGAAAUAUAUACAAGGAAAAGGUUGAGGUUCCACGUCAGAAGAAUGACUAUGACUGUGGCCUCUUUAUGCUUCAUUACAUUGACAGGUUUAUUCAGGAGGCACCAGAGAGGUUGACAAAAGAGGGCCUUGGCAUGUUUGGACGCAAAUGGUUCAAUCACGAAGAAGCUUCAGGGAUUCGGGAUGGAAUACGAGCACUCCUGUUCGAUUUAUUCCAGAGUGCUCAAGAGGACGACGGAUCAUCACAUCCAGAAUCGCAUUCUGAAGGCGAAGAUAUGGACGUGGACACAACCAUGGCUAUAACGCUUUAAUCUAGCGACGAAUGAAUGGCGCCUUCUGUUUCCAGCGACACGAUGAACUUUGAUUUCGGAAUUUUCAGCAAGCACUGGCUCUGAACAGCUCGGAGGACAGCGUGUUGACUGUAGUUGCGAUGGUAUUUCAUAGUUUGCUGUUUUGGAGAUGAAUCAUCGGCAAAGAGGGCACCAAGUUGCUUAUAGUUCUUGUUCUAUUCACGAUAAAGUUUUUGUUUGGCGGUGGAAAUGUAGUGUAGAAGUUAGGCUUUGGGAGGCAAAUGAAAUCGUUCGCUCCCAAAUACAACUUUGCAUGCGCUGACUUCUAAUUAUAUGAUAAUGUCUGAUGCAGCAUUUCAG